AUGACGACCGUCACCCAGAAGCAGAUCAAGCUCUCCGUCUCCCGCGUCAUCGACGCGCCGCGCGCCGAGCUCUUCCUCGCCUGGCUCGACCCCGAGUUCCGCAAGCGUUGGUGGCUCAACGACAAGAACGAGGGCCCCAUCUCCGUCGAGAUCGACGGGCGCACGGGCGGCACGUACAGGAUCACCCAGACGCACGAUUCGUGCGAUCACGACGAGCCGGACGGCUACGUCUGGAUCAUCGAGGGCGAGUUCCUCGAGGUCACGCCCAACGACCGCAUCGUCUUCACCUGGAACGUCAACCACACGUCCGAGCCGGUCAGGGACCAGCGCGUCACCGUCGACUUCGAGGACGCGCCGAACGGCACGAAGGUCACGAUCACCCACGAGGGGAUGAUGUCCGAGUCCAUCGCCAGCGGCACCGAGCAGGGCUGGGGCGGGAUGCUGGAAAAUCUCGAGAAGGCGAUCGGUGCCGCCCGGUGA